AUGUCACCAACCCCAGUGACUGUUGUCACGGGUUUCCUCGGUUCCGGGAAAACAACCCUCAUCUUGAACCUGAUCCCUCAACUUCCCCAGAGCUACAAGCUUGCACUUCUCAAGAAUGAAUUUGGUGAUCUUGAGAUCGAUUCUCAGCUUGCCUCUUCGUCCGCCAUUUCAGGCGUUCGAGAGUUGCUAAAUGGGUGCAUCUGCUGUAACCUGGUGGGCCAAUUAGGGGACGCUCUAAACACUCUCCGGAGAGAUGUCUCUCCAGACCGAAUCAUUGUCGAGACCUCUGGGAGCGCAUUUCCUGCAACUCUCGCCAUGGAAAUCAACAGAAUAGGGAGAGAAACUGGAGCUUUCGUUCUGGACGGUGUCGUCGUCGUCAUUGAUGUGGAGAAUUGGAAAGGGUACGAUGACACGAGUUAUACGGCCAAGAUGCAGGCACGCUACACCGAUCUAAUUGUGUACAAUAAAUGGGAGUUGGUAGACGAGAGAAAGUUUGAAGACUGUCGUGACCGGGUUGGCGACCUUGAAGUACAGAUAGCGGACGUGAAGUCAGAGAAAGGCAUAGUUGACAAAGAGCUCUUGUUAGGUCUUGACAGCGCGCUAGCCCGAGUAGACGGCGAAUCUCUCAUAAAUCGAGAUGAAACGAAUCAUCAACACGCAAAGGAUCACCAAAGCGAAGUUGAACUCCUGACCAUAACGCUUGGGGCAAAAAGUGAUCACCCUCAGGCGGUCGAUAUUGAUAAAUUAGAAGCCUUCCUCUCCUCUGCUCCAAAAGACGAAGUAUAUCGUAUCAAAGGUCUCAUGUUCGUGAACCGAACUCCUCGUUUAUCAGACAAUUUGUCGUCAAGCAAACCGGAAGACUCCCACCAGAUAUGUAAAUAUGUCCUCAAUUGGGCGUUCUCCAGAUGGACUUUCACGCCGAUUGAAACAGAGGCAAGCAGUCCUGAGAAAACGCCUGGCGCUCGACCCAUAGCUCGUCUGAUCAUGAUAUGUGCACGUUACGAGGCCAACAAAUGGAAGAAGCUGAUUGAAGAAAAGGGUGGUAUCUGUCCUGAAGAUCGAGAUGUAAUGUACGAUCUAGAGAUCAAAAGACUGAUUUAG